CUGGCGGCCCUGGCGGGCGGCUAGUUCAAGUUGCCAUAGCGGCGGGGCGAGGAGUUGUGCGGGGCUGUUAGGUGUGCCCGGGGAAGGGCUCGGCCUCGCCUCCGGGAGGCGGGGGGGCCUCCGGUAGCUGCUGUGCGAUCUCUGAAUGAGAGGGCCCUUGGUGAAACUGAAAUGCCCUGUUUUCCACGGGGAGGGAAAAUACUGAGUACUGAUGUUCCUCCUCAGUGCAAGAAAGGUUGGCUAAACUAAAGAACCAGUAAAAGACAAAUUAUUCUCACUGUCAGGUUUCAAGAUACUAAUGGCAGAUUCAUCCAGUGAUUCAGACAGCUUUUUUAGGGGUCGAAUAGGAAGGCGGCCGCCUUUGAGAGCAUCCCACAACAAAGCUCGGAACUAUGGUGCUGAAGAAGUUACAGAGAAGAUCCAUACUUUAGCAAGCACUUUACAGGAUACCAACAGAAAUCUAAGACAUGUUGACCAUUUGCUAGGACAAUACAGAGAAUACAACAAGGAACAAACUGAAGCAAUAGCAACUUUAAAAGAGACAUUGGAACAAUCUAUAGGUCAAUUAAGGAGGCAACGAUUAACCCGAAACUCUGGAAUGAGAAGUGCUUCUCUCUCAAGCUUAUACCCUAGUGACCUGGAUGGAGAAGGAGUGUCAGGGAACCGCCACUUCCUGCCUACUUCUCCUCUCAGGGAUUACGGAGACUCACAAGGCGAUAAACACCGAAGGUCUAGAUCUGCAAGUGUUCGGUUUGUCAAUGAGGCAGAUCAUUCAGACCAGCUGCAUUCUUUCCACCAGUCUCUUCGAGAUCUCAGUAGUGAACAGGUUCGCCUAGGAGAUGACAUCAGUCGGGAGCUUUCAAGAAGAAAUCGGACUGAUGCUGAAUUAAGAAAAACUCUAGAAGAGUUGUCUGAAAAGCUCACAGAGUCCCAAAGACAAGAAACGGUAUCGGAUCGAGUGGAGAGAAGACUUCAGGAGCUAGAACAAGAAAUGCGUGCUGAAAGACAACUUGUAGAAAGGCGCCAGGACCAACUGGGACGUAUGUCCCUUCAAUUACAAGAGGCUUUAAGGAAGCAAGAUGCUAAAGCAGAUGAAACAGAAGAACUCAUGAAAAAUAAACUUGUGAAAUAUGAAAGUGAAAAGAUUCAACUUGAGCAAGAAUUGGAGCAGUCCCGGAAAAAGCUGAAUCAAUCAGAAGGCAGUAGAGAAGUUCUUUUGCGUCAGGUUGAGGAUCUUCGUUCCCAACUUCUGAGAGCAGAAGAAGACCGUGUAGAGUUGCAACAUCAAAUUUCUCAGGUUGCUGUGCACCGCCAGAGCUACCAGGAUGUACAAGGCGAUGACAGGAGUAUUAGAACAGUAGCUGAAAGAUAUGAGAGAGAGAAGCAAGAAUUGGAGAAACAUAUUUUGGAGCUUAAAGCAAAGCUGAGUCAUGAUGCUGUAAUGUCAGAAGUAGAAGAACUAAAGAGAUGCAUAGAGCGUAAGGACAAGGAGAAAGCACAGCUUGUAAUGCACAUACAGGUGUUAACAUCAGACCUGGAAAACAGGGAGAAGCAGCAGGAAAAAAUGCUGGACCAGCUGAAGGAGAUAGAGAGUUGCUACAAGGCUUGUGAGAGUGGACGUAGACAAACUGAACUCCAGUCUGCUGAGUUAGCUCAACAGGUUGAAGAGAGCACCAAGGAAGCGGAACGGUACCUCGCUGAAUUCAAGCAUUCAGAGGCACUCAGGCUGGAGACUGAGAAAAAAAGAGAAGAUCUGAAGGUGAGAGCACAGGAAACCAUCCGCCAGUGGAAGCUGAAAUGUAAGAAACUGGGUUGUGAGGUGGAAAAACAAAAUGAAACUAUCAGCCAACUGAUGGACAAGAACAGUCAGGUGCUCAAAGAAAAGGAUGACCUCAGAAGUCAACUUCUCUCUGCUAUACACCAAAUAGAAAACCUUCGAAAAGAGCUGAAUGAUGUGCUUACAAAGAGAGCCCAGCAGGAAGAACUCCUCCACUGCAAAGAGGUAAAACUGAGUGAAAUGAAGUCUCACCAGGUAUCUCUUGAAGAAGAAAUGAAAGAAGUUCAAGCUACUGUAAAUAAAUUGGAGAAUGAGUUAAAAAAGCAAGUCUUUAUACAAAAUCAAAUGCAAGCUGAAAAGGAGUACUUGGAGACAGAACUUGCGACUAGUAACUUAAUCCAUAAAAAAGACCAAGAAAGACUCUUAGAAAUGCAAGCAGAUGUAAAGAACUUAAGCUCAGUACGUGUGGAACUAACAAACAGAAUAGCAGAAGAGGAGAAAGUCAAAAAGGAAUUACAUAAGAGCCUCUCAGAUCUCCAGAAACAGCAGGAAUCUAAGCAUGAAGAGAUGACUUCGGCUACAAGGCAGCUGAAGAUGGAAAGAGAAGUUCACCAACAGGAGUUGGCAGAUCUUAGAUCAGAGUUACAGAACGUUAAAAUGAAACAUGAACAAAAUGUUCAAGAGCUCAUGAAACUCCUUAAACAAGAAAAGGAUGAUGCAGAGGCUCAGAUUACAGUGCUAAAGAUGGAACUUUUAGAAGAGAAAAACAUAGUCAAGACUCAGUGUCGACAACUGGAGAAGAUAAAAAUUGAGUGUGAUAAAUUGACAGAAGAAUUAACCCAAAGUGAAGAAGAAAAUAUAAAACUCAGGCAGAAAUGUGAGUUUGUAAAAGAAGAACUGGAGAAAAAGGAUAAGCAGAUCAGUAACGAAGAAGAUCAUUUGAGAAGGCUGGAUGAGGCCAGACUACAGUUUAAGGACCAGCUGCGUCACUUAGAAAUAGAACAGGAAUCCAUUCUCACCAUGAUAGGAGGUGAAAUUGAUGCUGCUUGUGAGACUUUUUCUCGGGACUCCAUGGAGAAAUUCAAAGCAAUAUCACUUACACCAAUGGUGCUGAAUGAUCCUCAUCGCUGGUUAGCAGAAACAAAGACUAAGCUUCAGUGGCUGUGUGAGGAGGUAAAGGAGAGAGAAAGUAAGGAAAAAAAGCUGCGAUGCUACUUACUGCAGAGCCGAGAACAGCUCAAGCAGUUUACACAGAUGAAGGAGGCUGAACAUCAGUCUCUCUUUAAACAGAUAAAAAAGCAAGAAAAACUUCUGGAAGAAGUUCACAGAGAAAAAAGAGAGCUACUAGAGAAGACCCUCAGAAGAGAGGAAGAAAUGGGAGCUCUCCAGGAACGUAUUAUGGCCUUAGAAGUGAGUACUCGAGUAGCUCUAGACCAUCUGGAGUCUGUUCCUGAGAAACUGAGCCUGUUAGAAGAUUUGAAAGAUACUGGAGAGGCCCAUUGCCGAAGGGAGAUGAUUGAAGAAAGGUAUACAAAGUAUAAAGAAAUAGUGAGUUCUCUACAGCAACAGCUGGAAGAUUCAAAACAAAGAGUCCAACAAUUCAAGGAUAUGAAAAUGGAUGCUGAAAUUUCUGAUUUAGAAAUGGCUGCUCCCGCUUCUAGUUGGCGAACGCAAACCAGCUUUUUGUCCAGCUCAGUGCUCUCAGAUUCAGGUUCAGUUAUGAAAAGAAUGGCUCCUUUUGAUACGAGUGCCACCAAGGACGAUUCCAUUAACGUUGCUGUCAGUGAAAUUAAGCUGCAAGCAGAAAGAGGGAAGCAGUAGAACAUUUUUCAAAAAACAUGCCAGCUUUCUCUGUGGUAAAUUCCAUUCCGCUCUUUUUUUGGUUUUGAACAGCAGUAAUUCCAUCUGAUACGGGAGUGAUGCACCCUGAAUGAUUCAGCUAUUGCCAAACACUUGAAUGAAAGAGCACCAAGAGUGAGUCUAAUGAACUCUUGAGAUAAUUUAUGCAUCUUGUACACCAAAGGUUUUCUGGGAUUAUGCUGUUCUCUUGUAUUUGUUUUUGCAGUUGUCCUAAACUAAAUUUAUUUUAUUCCUGAAAUAUUAUGAAAUGAAAGACCCAUGACAUUAAUCUUUGCUAUGAGCUUAUUUACCACUGUACAGGAAUUGUUCUUACAUUUGUUUUUUUAUAAAAUUUAAUAAUACUAUUACCAAUGAAAAAAUAUUCAGAAACUACCUUGGUCCUAAUAUUUAUUAUGAAAUUUAUUAUACAGUGUUGUGCCUACGCGUUUGUGGUCUUCGGUUUGCAGCAAUCAUUUAAGCUGUGAAAAAUAUUAAACAAACCCAAAUUUCCUCAAGAUUAGUGGAAAUUUGUAUGAUGACUUCAGGUUCAGCAUAUAUCUGUUAUAAGCUGUUUAGAAUUAUUCUUCUAAACAGUUUUAUCGGGUGACAUCUGGUUAAGGUGUUUAACAGCACCUGAAUCUCACCCAUGCUCUGUAUUAAGCAUGUUGAAGGACACUGCUGUAUGGCUGUGAAAACUUUUAAUAACAGGGUUUAAUGACCACUUACUUAUUCUGUUUCAUCUCUAUUAGAAGAGAUGUGUCACACUGAUUUUAAAAUGUUAUGGAAAUACAAUAUUGCACAGUUGUAUUUGUUCAGAUAUCUUAAUUCAAAACAAAUUGGAUACAGUGCUGCGUUACUGUGGUUGCAAAGUGCACAUCACAGGAGAAUUUUCUGCUGUCAAAAGAAAUGCAAACGUUUCAGAUAGUCCUUGUUUUGCUCUCUUCUCUAGUGCUUCUGUUCGAUCACUACCAAAGUGCCUUAAAUUUUGCCAAAUCUGUCAGAGCACUGUAGCAACACGAACACCAUGGAAAACAUUUUGGUUUGUAGACUUCUUUCAUACUUAGGAAGCUUACAUCUUCUCUGAAAUAUUAUCUUUUUUUAGCACUGUAGGUGUCUCAGACAUAGAAUCAUAAGAGUAUCUCAGGUUGGAAGGGACUCACAAGGAUCAUCGAGUCGAGCCCCCUGGUCCUUGCAGGACUGCCUAAAGCUAAACCGUGUGAUUGAGAGUGUUGUCUGGACGCUCCUUGAACUCUGCCAAGUUGGUGCCAUGGCAGCUUCCCUGGGGAGCCUGUUCCAGUCAAUGACCACCCGUUGUUCGGUGAAGAACCUUUUCCUGAUGUCCAAUCUGAUCUUCCCUUGACGUGGCUUCAUGCCAUUUCCACAUGCCCUAUCGCUGGUCACCAGAGAGAGGAGACCAGCCGCUCCCCCGCCGCUGCCCCCCUUGAGGAGGUUGCAGAGUGCCCUGAGGUCACCCCUCAGUCUUUUCUUCUCCCAGCUGAACAAACCAAUGACCUCAGCUGCUCCUCAUGCAUCCUUCCCUUGAGACCUUUCACCAGCUUGGUCACCCUCCUCUGGACACCCGCUAACAGCUUGGUGUCCUCCUUACAUUGGGGCUCCCUGAGCCGCGCACAGUUGUGCUUGAUGCACCCCAGGAUAUGGCUGGCCCAUUUUCUUUACCUUUUUUAUGUGUAUAAUGCUAUGCGUUGUAGGGCUGGCAUUGGCUUUUCACAGACAUCUGGCACAUCUGCUCGUUCAGAAGGUCAAGAAAGCAAAACAGUGCCAUCCAUCGCUGCCGACCUCAACGGCAAUGGCAGGGCCAAGGCAAAAACACCAACAAAUAAACUUCCAUGCUGGAGAAGGCAGGACAAAUAGAAACCUGCUUGUGGCCUGGUCGGCAAAGAGUGUGGAUGUCAUAAAGCAGUGUUUAGCUCCAGCCCCAGUUCCCAUAAACUAAACUUACUUUAAGUAUAUCCAACACUUGUAAUUUAUUUUUUUAAUUAGAUCAGAGCACAGCUGGAAAUAUGGUGUUUAAAACAUUUUAGCUGGUUUGUCGAGUUGAAACAUUAAAAAAUUGCAAAAUAAAAUGUCACCAGCUUGCAGACUUUAUGGUACCUACAAAUUAUGGCUAAAAAUAUAGAAAGGUCAUUUUAAAAUAGAUUAUGAACCAUUAAAUCAUGUUCCCAAAACACCUCAUGUUGUAAUGAGGUCUGAUGCAUGGAUUGCUGAUGGAUUCAUGUCUGCCCAACCCACUUUACUGAAGCUGAAAUUAUUUUUGAGGUGAAGCACCUCUUGGUAAAUGAAUGGGGCUUUAAGAGUCUCAGCCGAGAAAAAUAACACAGAAAAAUAACGUCCCCUCUUCCUCCUAAGGAAUUUGUAAAAAUCUGGUUGUGGAUUGCUUUUACCAUUUUAUGUAUUUAUAUGUUUUUUCCUCACUUGUAAAUCACAAAUCUGAAGUAUGUUUCCUUAGAACAGUAUCACUGCUACUUUACGGUGUUAGAAAACUAAGGAUAAGCAGCCUGAACUCCUUUGUUAUUAUAACAUCAAAUACUGAAUCCAUUUGCAGGACAGAAAUGCCUACUAGAUGAAUAAUUUGGCUUUAGGACUUUAAAUAUGCUCAGUGCUUAGUAUAUUUGGCUUUGGCCAUGUGACUGGGUUUUCAGCAGAGUUUUAUAUCCUUUUUUGAAACUUUAUACAAGGGCUGGGGGAACAGAAGGGAAGAAGUCAAACAACAAAACAAACAAAAAAAAAAAAAGGAGAAAAAAAAUUUUAACAAGUAGACUUCUGGACUCCAAAGUCAGGAAAUUCUUUCUUAAAUUUACCCUCUUGGCAUGGUAGUCCAGAUAGCAUGUAAUAUUUGUCUCGCUUCCACCUUUGAUAGAGGUUCAUAUUACAAAGUGAAUUUUGUUUCCUUUUUACUGAAGGCUAAAGUUCCGUUCAUGACAUUAUGUGAAACUGUCCCUUUGUGGUUUAAGAAAUAAUAUUUUUUCCAUAUUGGUCUGAAAUAUUGUUCUUCUGACCAGUUUCAGUUUUUAAAGUAGAAAACCAGAUAAUUUUUUAGUAAAACAUUUUGUGUAUUUCAGUUCUUUAAAACUGCUGUUCCUUCUGGUAAUCAGAUAUUUAUUUUUUUUUAAUACUUUAACCCUUUGAUGAUGUGUUCCUUAUUUUUUGUCCAAAGCAGUAGUUUUAAAUAAUCAAAAAAUGUGAUAUCACACUAAAAAUGGUAGUUAAUUUCUUUAUUCUGUUCAGCAUUUGGUAAAUCAGGCAACUUUAUAUGUAUGUACUAAGUACAUACAGAUUUAACAAGCUACUAUCAGGUGUCCGUUUCUUUUAAUUCUGUCCUGAAAUACAGUGGUUCUAUAUUGCAUGUUCUGAUCCGCACUGCCCCUGUAUUUCAGCAUCAAAUAUUUGUCACUUGAAUAACCUUUAAAUAUUGUGCCCUUCAGUUCCCUAAUGUUUUACAGUAGACUUAAGAGUACUUAUUUUUAAUUACUUUUGAGCUGGUAUUUACUAAGUAUUUGAAAUAAUUUAUUUUUAUUAUGUAAUAAUGUCAUCCUGAGAAGAAAUGUCAAAAAUAAAUCUUAGUUUAGGAUAAAAAUAAAAUUUUACAGUGUGAAAACAAAGCCAUUUUCUUACACUUCUCAAUUAUUUGAUGGAAGCUAGUCUUUGGUGAUUGGUUAAAGUAUUCCUUGGAUAUUCAAACCUCUGCCACAUUUUUACUGGCUGUCCCACCAAAGUAAAUAAAGAAGAUAUAUUAAAAUUCCUUAAAACAAAGAAAAUACUAUUCUAAAAUCCACUUUUGAGCUAAGGAAUCUGCAUGUCAGUUCAUCCCUGGCUUACAAAACAUAAUCUCUGCAGUGUGUAACACUGAAUGGAUUUUUCAUGAAUGAAAAUGCCAAUAUUACCCUGAAAGGGAGCAAGUAGGUAUUUUUGUAACACUGAUAGCACUUUUAAGGCUAAAAAUGAGUAGUGAAUAACGUUCUCCUAUCUACAACAUGCGGAAUUUAUUCAUGAAUUUGUGUGGAGCUGCUAGUUACAGUCAAAUUUUACUCUGCCUCUGUUAAACUCUUCAUGUACAAAGUGGGUUAGUAAUAUAUUUAUCUCUGUAAGCCCUGUCUUCACCUCGCAGACGUAACUGAUAGUGAAGUUAAUGUGAGCUGCAAGCCAAUAUCGGGGGAUGCAGCCUUGUCAGAAAUGGAUGUGCAUGAGAACGUCACACAAAUUCCUGUGUUUUUGAUAUAAUUGUAAAAUUUAGAAGCAGAUGUAGAGGAAAACUAGUUGUAGAAGGAAUGGGAAAAAGCUCAUGAUUAAGCUAAAAUUUCAGAACACUUUUAUUCUUGGUGCCUUAAUUUAAAAACUGCUUUAAGGCUGGUAUUUACAUCUAAAUAAGUGAUCCCUAAAUAAGAUUCCAUCUUGGAUAUAUUUUUGUUUUUACAUACUGAAAUACUUUCUACUCUAGCACAACUCAUCUCAGCGCUUUACUGUGAGCAUGUCUAGGCUGUUUUGCUUUUCUAUGUAAAGGACUAAAUUAGAUUUUAAAUCUGAAGAACAUUUUAGUGCUGUAUACAGAAGCACAGCAGAGCAGAAUCUGAUAGCUUUGGUCUCAAAAAGUCUGUAAACUAAUGCCUCCGGGAAUGUUGACAACAAAAAUGAAAGAGAUUGCUGUGGUUAAAGUACAACAACAUCCAGCAUUUAUAAUUUGUGCUAACUACAAUAGCUCUCAUGUUUCUAAAGCUAAAGUUGCACAUCUGCCAUUUUUUAGGCUGCAAGAAUGAGAUUUUGUUUUCUCUUGCCUUCAUAGUGGCAAAAUCUGCAAUGUCAUGAGCCUUGUAUGCAGCAGUGAUAUUUUUAAAAUUUCCAGUCAUUUAAUUUAGGUACCUACUUGGUGCUAUUUUGAACUAAAUAUUUUUGGAACCCAAUUGUGAACAUGUUUUCAUUAAAGUAACACAUUUAAAUACAAGAGCUGCAUAAAGAACUCUCUUUUAGGAUAAUUCUGUCUUUAUUUAGGGACUUGGCUUCUUAGUAGGUGUUUUGCUUGAAUAAGUACAGCAAUUGUUCCUGAGUUGUCCAUUAUUUUCAUCUCAAUUUAGACCAGAAUUUAUUUGAUCUUAAACUGCUUUUCCCAUUUGCCAUCUAUGCACUAGUAUGUCAGAAGGCACACCAUCAUUUCUUCACUUACACUCCACAUUAAUAAUUCUGGUAGUUGAUAUGCCCAGGGAAUGUCAUUAAUUUUGAAGGCAGUUAUUUCUUAUAAAACAAGCUCCUUCCAUAUGAAUUCUGCCACUUUUACUUGUUUACGAAAAUAAAACGUACUUGGUAAACUGACUAGCAUCCGAUCACAUGCUGCCUGUUUUUAAAGAUUAUCUCACAGGCAAAAGUAAAUGUGUCUUACUAUGUUUGUCUACGUUUUCUAAAUGCUACCAUUCAUUCUACUAUCAGUUUGUAGAGGAAAAUAGCAAAGGAUAGACUUUGCUGCAAUAACCCUGAAAUAUUAUUGAUAUGAAGAAGAGGCUACAAGUAAUUUAGGAGAUCUGCCUGAGAGCUUAGUUUGGAACCUCAGAUCCCUCAUAUUACAAAGUAUAUUUCUUCAGUGUGUCAAUAUCAAAUUGCCCUUAGUAGAAACAGUUGCUGGCAUCUAAAAUAUUGCUGAGAAGCGAUGCUGAAAUUUUCUAAAGAUGAUCACACAGUAUCAUUCUACAAAUGUGGAUUUCUGUGCCAUUCUCGUUGUUGAACAAGCAUUGAACUGGGAAGUCAGCCCAAUUUAUGUUUUGGCACUAGGCUUUUCACAGAAACCACCAGUGACCCAGUUUUGUACUUAGUGUGGAGAACGAUGAAGAUGAGCUGCGUUUUACCGCUGGCCAAGAGAACAGUUUGCAUCUGUGGCAUAAGCUAGUUGGUGCGUGGAGCUCGGGGAAUGCCCAUUUUUAUCCAAACAGCUGCAACCAUGAAGACAUAGUGUAGCUGGAAAAAAAAAUUGUUACAUGUUUAUACUAACAGAACGUCAAUGAGUCCAUCAGAAACCACGGACCUGUUUUGUUUUUGCUGGAGACGUCUCCAGUGCAGUCUGAAAGCUAGAAAAUGCAGAAACCUUAGUGUGAGGUACAUCAGCAGUGAGGCUCACUAGCCACAGAAUGUGAAUCUGGUAGCAUGUUGUCCAUUGGUUGAUUAGAGGUCCGUAAAUUAACAAUAGACAGAUCAACAAAGUUUAAAAAACAGUGGGACAAAUUAUUCUUAUUUGGUAGCUAAAAAUGCUUUGUGAAAGCAGAAAAAUCAAGUGUCAAAGUCAAGAAAUGCUUCAUUUUUCCGGAAUGUGAGUAAUUUCUUAAACUAAAAAAAAAAAACAAACCAAAAAAAACAAAAAACCAAACCCCACCAAAAAAAUAAACAAAAAAACCCAACCAAAAACUUAAAAGAAUAUUUUUCUUAAAAAAAACCCUUAGAGUGACAGCCUUUUAUAGACUGUCUUUGAAACUCUUGAAUAUAUUAAUCUCGACAGACAUCAGUCCCACUUCAUGUCAUCUCUUAUUAUGAGAGACUUGCUCGGUUUGAUUUAGACUUAAUUAUGUCCCACACUUUGGGAAAUUCUCUUAUGUGCGCUAUGCACUGAAUGCCAGGCUUGAAAUAAUUCCAUUGGAGGUGGCUGAUGUGCUACAUAUGGAGUGCUGGAUGGGGUGAUGUGUUUUAACAAAUAGAUCAGAUGUUCGAAUUUCAGCCUUGGUAUUACAUUACCAGAAGAAAAUGACAAAUAAAUAAAUAUUUAGACUGUAGAUAAGAGUAUCCAUGCCAUGUAUUACUGUGGUUUUGAAGGUUAAUUGCUUUUGAAGCGGGAAUUUCUGCAUGGGCUUAUUCACAAAUUCUGAUUUUUUAAUUUUUAAUUUUCCUUGGAGAGUGUAGAAAAAAAAAUGGUAAUCACUUUUGAGUUCUGGAACGCAUUUUGUCAUUUUGUGUUGCCAGUUUCUAUUUAAUUUGGGGAUAACUAAAAAAGCAGCUAAUUCUCAUACCUCAUUACAAGCACUCCUAAUUAAGUCAGUUGAUGCAAGAGUAAUUUUUUCUCCAGAUCUUUUGUUUUCAUUUAAUUUGAAUAAAAAUACAGUGUUUCUUACAUUAAGUAUUCUAAAACUGCUGCAAAAUUACUCUUGUAAUCUAGCAUUUAGGUUGGGAAAUUCUAAAAUUCAGAUUGCCCAGGCAUCUUACACACGUGACACUGAACUUUUCCUGGUCACCUAUUGCCAGUGCAAUACGCUGUCAAGUGACCUUAAAGAAUCUACACAAUUUCAGUGACUUACAUAGAUGAGGAUGUCUCUAUACUGGUGUGAAGUCAGAAAGGUCAGUUUAAUUCCUCUAAACCUUGUUGUUUUACCUGUUAAGGUAAUGGAGAUAGACAUACUGGAAUGGAAUUCCUCAACAUGCAAUUAUUUCUUGACAUAAAGUCCUUGAAAGACCUUUGCCAGUAGUUUAAGCAGGGAAUCCUGCUCCUGAUGUAAUACAACAGGCUGCCUGACCACGUUCCCAUGGAAGCUCAACUUAGGGGACAUCCAUAGGGACGUCUGUGUGGAAAAACAAGUAUCUGUCUUGUCUUUGUUAAAUUUUCAUCUUAUUUAUCUUCCUUAAAUUUUGAUCUUAGCAGUUUGAUUUUGUGUGGUUGUAUAAACGUGCUGCUGCUUUUCAUUCCUGUAAAACACACCAGAGAAGGCAGCACGCUGAAGCAGACGUCGCUGUAGUACCCAGGACUAGUGCCGUUUCCUUCAGACUUGGUUGCUGACGUGUACAGGUGUGUUCAGCCUUCUUCUAGCCAUGUAGACAUCAUCUCUAGUUCCUUUCAUAUAUUUACGUAUCUUCCUUACGGACACGCGUACCCAUGUUCAUACACUGUAAAUCUUUACCGGUCAAAGAGAAAAUUAGUCCUUUGUACUUGGGAAUCCUGUCUAGGUGGAAGCUGGCAGAGACCUCAUCUCUAGUACCAGUGGAGUGAUGAUUUCAGGCUGGAUUUGACAAAAAGGAGUGAAGUAUUUUCUCAGCCUACUUUUUUAUUGCAAUUUGGAGGUUGGCAAGUCUACAAUAUGCGGUGGUCUGGUGAGCAACAAAUAUUUACUGAACAAUCCAUGAUCUUAUAAAAAUAAUUUCAUAGAAAACUGUAAACAUUUGGAAUAAUUUGGCACUAUCUCAUUUUUCUAUUUUGGUUAUUUUUUCAGAAUCUGAGAAAUGGGGUUUUGAGUUCAUUUGGGCUCUUGUAUAAGUACUUUUGUUUUUUUCAAGAAGACUAAACCAAACUUAGUUAUAUAAUGAAAACCACUGUACUUCUAAAUGCUGACAAUACAAGCUUAUGAAAUUUGCAAAAUUUGGAAAUGUUGCAGCUCUUUAUUCCACUCUGAUGUGGGCUAAUACAGCUUUUUCAAUGUAAUGAAACCUCUUAAAGGAGACCCAGUUCAUCUGUUAAGGUGUGUCGACUGUAUUUCACAUUCACUGCUAAAUGUGUUGUUACACAUCAGUUUUUCAACAAAAUCCAGUAAUUUGUUGAGUACCUGAAAUGGGAAUUUUCAUGUGUAGGGAGAAGCUAAUUAUAUAAUACAUUUAAAUACCAGCACUAUUGAUAGACUUUUUAACAAAAGACUCACAAAAUGAAACCAAGUUUAACUGUUUGUUGGACAUUCUCUAAUGUUGGGGUUUUUUUGUCCUAUGAUAUUUUUGUUCCAAGAUAGCUUCCCAAUGUGUUUGCAUUCUAGUGUUUCCAUUAUCUGGUAUGGAUGGAUAAAAUGGAACUUACUAAAAUGUAUGUAAUGAAUGAAAAAAAAAUUUAAUCAUGGAAUCAUUUAGGUUGGAGAAGACCCUUAUAGAGCAUCAAGUCCAACCAAACUACUGCUUGACUAUUAUUUUGCGUGAAUCACAUGGAUGCACAUAACGCUACAUCUACGAUUUGCAUUUUUCAGAACACCUCUUGCAGGUUUAGGAAUAAAGCAUUGUACAAGUGUAAAAUGAGAAGCUUGUUACCAUGUUAUUCCAAAACGCAGCCCUCAUCAACCUGAUAGCUUGCCACAGAGUCUGCAGGUAUGCUUAAAUUUGGUUAAGGCUCUACCUGGAAAGUUCUUAGGUUAAUUUAAUGUCAAUAUUGGUACCUACUUUCUGCAGUCAGAAUAUAAAAUGUUAGCCAACGAGGCACUAAUAAAACCAUCAAACUUAAUUACUUUUUGCUGACUUGGGACUUACUCCAAGCUAUUCCUGAAAGCAAGGUUGCAAGUCUUUAUUGCAUCUUAGGAGAUAGUACCUUUGCAGGAUCAAAGUUGCUAGUUGUAGUCGUAAUUUAAAUUAUAACAUGAAUUGUUAUCAUUUUUGUAAGCUAACAAAAUAAAUUAUUUUUCCAAGCAG